GUUGGAGUCCAUGGUGGCCAUGUUUUUUGUCCAUGGUGACAAACAUGAGACACAACUGAGAAUGAAAGUGAAAGAUACAGAUGUUCUUGCACAGUCUGAAGGACAGUUUGAAGGACACACAUACGGUUGAUUUGAAGUUAAGUCAAAUGCUCAGCAUCUUCGAACAUGGAUUUUGUAAAAGAAAAUGUGAUAGAAACUCCAGCACUGGGAAGGCCGUUUCAACUAGGAAUGCUAUACAACUGCAGAAACCAUGCAAUAGUAAAAGAAUCGCUUUGGGAUCAAGAGCAGCUGCUGCAUGACAAAGAUGUUCGUUCGCAACAUAGCACAGAGUUCACAUAUACAUCUUCAGACACAAUUGAGGAAAAAUCAAAGCAGCUGAAAGUUGAUGCUGAACUGAAACUGAGUAUUUUGGGAGGAACUGUCAAUCUUAGUGGUGCAGCCAGAUAUUUCAAUGACACCAAAAAGUCAUUCAUACAACAAAGGUUGACGCUGAACUACAGAACAACCAGCAGAUUCGAGCAGUUAACUAUGAGCCAUCUGGCACAAGGAAAAAUGGGCCACUGUGAGGUAUUCGAUAAUAAUAUAGCAACACAUGUUGUUAUAGCAGUUCUAUAUGGAGCGGAUGCCUACUUUGUAUUUGAUAAAAAGGUGAAUUUGUCUGAGGACACAACAACUGUACAUGCAGAACGAAAGAGUGCAGCUGAAAGCCUAAAAAGCUUAGCUGAGCUACAGGUAGAGUUAACCAUGAAUGAAAAUGAAAAGGCUGAAAUGAAACAACCGACUUGUACAUUUUAUGGUGAUUUCAAGUUGCCUUCUAAUCCAACAACUUUUGAAGAAGCUGUGAAGGUUUACAAAGAUCUUCCAAAGAUGCUUGGAGAAAAUGGAGAACAUGCAGUUCCAGUUAAAGUGUGGCUUUAUCCUCUGGUUAAACUGGACUCAAGAGCAGCCAAACUUCAAAGACACAUCUCUACACAUCUCAUUAGAGCUGUGGAAUCCGUGAUUGAGAAUUUAAAUGAAACAUCAAUGAAAUGUGGUGACCUGAUGGAAGACACAGUGGCAAAAACAUUCAACACAUUUUACAAUCAAGUUCAGGACUUUCAGAAAUGCUGCAAUGAGUACAAGCAAGAAUUCACACAAAAACUAGGGUUCGUCCUGCGAAAAAUGUGUGGAGAUGAAACAGAUAUAGAAAUCCUAAGUGAACUUCUAGAAGCCCAUGAGAAAACUCAUUUUAAUAGCCGUGAUCUUCAGCAGUGGAUAACAGUGAAAGAAAAAGAAUACAACCAAAAGAAAGCACUGCUAAAAAUGCUCAAGGAACUUGGAGCAGAAGUGGAUGCUGACAGAGACAAAUAUCUAUCAGACUUCAAUGUGGAGAAUUUGGUUUCUUACACUUUUCCUUGUCAGGGAAAAUCAUGGAACCCUGAGGAGCUCAUGUGCAUGAAGAAAAAUUUGAAACUGUUUAAGGGUUUGAUCACUUCAAAUAAGAAUAAAUCCACUAAGUUUAUUGUAGAGAGUGUGCCUCAAACACCAGAUAAACCCUGUUCCUGGAUCCUAAUGUAUGAAAAUAGAUGCAGUGAAGCUACCUGUUUUGUUCCUCCAUCAAAGCCGGCAUGUCCAAUCAUUGAACGUGUCACAGAUAACAGCAUAACAGUACAGCUGAGGUCUUCAUGUGCUGCUACACUGAAGAGGCAACUACUUUACAAAAUGAAACAAGAGAUUGACUGGAAAUCUCAGACUGUCACUGAAGAUAGAGUUACACUGACAAAUCUUAAAGAAGGCACUGAUUAUGAAAUAAAAUGUGCAGCAGUAGGAACAAUGGACUACACCGUUGAAAGUGACAUAACUGUUACAACUACACACUCUGUGGUAAAAAGGCAGAUGGUCCUAAAAGCAACUGAAAGUGAAUCAACCCAGCAGGUGAUUGAUAUAAAGUUUUGGCUUUUUUUAUCUGGAAAUACACUGAAUUCCCACAAGCACUUCGUAGCUCGGCUUAAACAGCAAGUUCGCCUGCAGGAGGUGUUUACAGUGGAUGAGUGUGAUUUCAUUCUGGGUUUCAUUCUUGUGUCACGAGCUGGAACUGACAUUGAAGUAGCAAUGAAAAAGCUACACAGUGUUUCAGACACCAAACCUGCAGUCCUGGUGGUGCUCCAUCACACGUUAGAUCCAGAGUAUGUUGUACCAGACAGCAGCAAAGCUGUAAACAGAGAGAAUAUGUUAGCAGUCGACUGUCUCUUGGGGAUACUGCAGUGUCUGAAGUAUAAUGAAUCACUGGCCAAAACAUCACAAUAUCUGGAGAAAGAACUACAUAUGAAACUGAAAACGGAAGGUGUAAGGUCAGAACCUAGAAACAGAGCAAGAAGCAGUGAAGAGAAAGAUGAAGGACUUGAAGAUAGUAUAAUCUUCUCUGGUUGCAUAUUUCUGAUGAAUGAGGCACAGGAAAGCAAGAAAACAUUAACUAAGGAAAAUAAACAGGAUUUAAGGGAUUUACAAAAAUGUUUUAAGACUGAGCUGCAAAACAAGAACAAACAACUACAGGAGAUGAUGAUCAUAGUGGAGCAAAAGAAAACUGAGUUUAAAGAGAAAGAGAGUCUUCUAAACAAAAACACACAAACACUUCAGAUGACACUGGAAAAAAAGAACAAAAAGCUUAGAGAAGUAAAAGAAGAAUUGAGAAAAACAAAUAUGACUUUAGAAAAGAAUCAGACACAGUCGAAAGACAAAGAGAGACGACUGGAGAGUGUGGUGAAAGAACUGGAAACCAGUAAAAACAAACUAACAGAAAGAGAUGGACAGCUUCAGGAGAAAGACAGACUUCUGACAGAAAAUACACAAACACUGCAGAUGAAAGACGAGACACUGGAAGAGAAGGAGACACUGCUCAAACAGACAAGAGCUGAACUGGACACAACAAUGAAGGAAUUAGAAGACAGUCAGAGACACAUGGAGGAGAAAAACACACAACUAGAGAAUCUGAACAAAAUGCUGACAGAAAAUACAGAAACACUAAAGAAGAAGGACAACAAACUGGAGGAGAAGGAAAAACAGAUCAAAGAGAUAGAAGAAGAAUUGAGAAAAACAAAUAGGACGUUAAAAAAGAAUCAGACACAGAUGAAAGACACAGAGAGACAACUGGAGAGUGUGGUGAAAGAACUGGAAACCAGUACAAAUAUACUAGAAACACUGGGACAGAAGCAGAGACAACUACAGGAGAUGAUGAUCAUAGUGGAGCAACAGAAAACUGAGUUGGCAGAAAAAAACAAAGAGCUUGAAGAGAAACAUUUUCUUCUGAAAGAGUAUUCACAAAUACUUCAGAUGAAGGACAAGACACUGGAAGAGAAGGAGAAACAACUCAAAAAGGGUAUUUUGAACAAGUCACCAAGUCAACAUCAAAAGUACAAGCAUAUUGUCGCGCAGAAGAUGAAGCAUCCUCCUCUAACAUACUUUACUCUAAAAACUGGGAGGACAUUAGGCUAUGAUGUGGACAUAGAGAGGAAACUUCAGGAAGGAACAGGUCUGCAGAAAGUGAUGAAUUUGGAAGAGUCUGAUUUCAUUCUGGUUUUCUGCCCUGUUGUUUCUCAAGCUGGAACUGACAUUGAAGCAGCAGUGAAGGAGCUCAGUACCCAAGCAGGUCACAAACCUGCAGUUCUGGUGGUGCUUCAUCAUACAUUUAAUCCAGAGCUUAUUGUACCAGACAGCAGCAGAUGUGUAAAGAGAGAGUAUACAAUCACAGUCGACUGUCUGUUCCAUGAAGAUCAAGGAUUACUGACAUGUUGUAAAAACCAUGAAGCACUGUACAAAGUUAUAAACUGGAUUGAGGACAUUUCAGAAAGGAUACCAAGGAAAAGUCAAAAUCAGGACCAUCCUGCUAGGCAGAUGAUGAAGGGUCCUCACCUAAAAUACUUCACUUUAGUAACUGGAAAGACAUUAGGACACCAUGUGGAAAUAGAGAUGAAACUUCAGAAAGUGAUACCACAUCUGCAGAAGGUGAUGAAUUUGGAAGAGACAGAUUUUAUUUUGGUUUUCUGCCCUGUUGUUUCUAAAGCUGGAACUGACAUUGAAGCAGCAGUAAAGAUGCUCAUUACCCAAGCAGGUAACAAACCUGCAGUUCUGGUGGUGCUUCAUCACACGUUUAAUCCAGAGCUUAUUGUACCAGACAGCAGCAGAUCUGUAAAGAGAUGGAAUAUGAUCACAGUCGACUGUCUGUUCCAUGAAGAUCAGGGAUUACUGACAUGUAGUAAAAACCAUGAAGCACUGUCCAAAGUAACAAACUGGCUGCAUCCUGAGGUUGAUAAAAGAUCCUGAAACAAAUGACAAAUUCGACACACUCAAGACAGACAUGGCUCGGGGGUAGUAAAAUGCCCAGGUCUCUAGUGCAUCCUUUAUAUUUGGGAAUGAUUAAGAACACUUCCGGGUUCCUGAUUGUUGCUGUUUUCAUGAUUAGUGGAACUGUAGGGGGAAAGUCCACACAGGGACAAAGGUACACAAAAAUAAACCCACUGACAACAAUAUGUAUAUCUGAGGCUACAAUUACAUUUUUUCCACCUCCAAAGUUGCAUUUGGCUCUUAUAUGAGUAUUUGAAAGUUACAGCUUUGACUAAAUACACAAAGUACUAAAUACACAAAAUGUGGUUAACUGUCAUCCAUGUGAAUGAUACUAGAUGUUUUUUGGUUUUGUUUUUAAUCAGUAUUUUACUUCCAGUCUGUAACUGUGUAAGUCAGUCAUCUGUCCGUCACUGAAAAUAAAGAAAGAAGUGUGAGUGUGAGAAGGUAGUUUUCACACAUUAUCUUUGAAAAACACUGCUGUAGAUUUUAUUUUACUGGUUGUAUUAUUUUUUAAGUUGAAGUUGUGAAAAGUGUAUAUAUUUUCUGUAAUGAAAUUUACAUCUGCUACUAAAUUUCAUUCUUUCAAAUUUCUGUUGUUUAACAUCUGCAGCUCAUGACCACAGAGGUGACCAGAUGCAGAUGCAGCCUUUUCUAAAACAUUUUACUCUUGCACUUGGAAGCCCAUUUGGACUUUGUGAGGGUAUAGAGCAGAAAUUUCAGGAACUAAUACCAGGUCUGCAGAAUGUACAGAAGCCAGAGGACUGUGAUUUCAUUAUGGCUUUCUGCCCUGAUGUUGACAAUGAAACAUCUUCUCAAGAUCUUGUGGAGAAGAACUGACCAACCUACUACCCAUACACAUAAUUGAAAUAAAUCACCAUUAUGUUUAGAACUUGUAAUAUUUUAUUAUGUAAAACUGACUUACCCGUGUUAUGAUUUACAUUUAUAUAAUGAUCUACACUUACUCCAUGUGUACUGUUUAUUGGUGGCUCUCUCUGUUCUUUCUACAAUGUAUGACCAUGUAAUGUAUUUUAUGAUAAAUAUAAGGAAUACAUGAAAUAUAGAAUAAUAAUAAAAAAGGAGAGUAUUAUGAUUUUAUGCAAUUACAUAUAUUAAUUAGGUAAAAUAAAUAUUAAAUAUAUUAAGUAUUAAUGAAACACUA